UUUCCUCUAAUUAUUAUUUGUUAAUUGGUGAUCUGAGUAGAGACGGAUUAUGCUGUAUUAUUUUAGUAAAUAUGUAUUUCUACUCUUUAGAGACUGUAAUUGAUUUUAAUGGCAAAAAGGAAAACGUUACCAACACUGAAAUAAUGUGUUGACCAGGCACAUAUCACUUGCUAAGCAAUCGCUAAUUAGUGUUUUACUCAUUUAACUUGCGUUUCGUCCAAAUAAAGUGACUUUUGAGUAUUAUUAUUAAAUAUAACUACGUACUUUGUUGACACCUCCCAUUGAACAUAAAAAUGGGGACUUCCUCGCAAUGGACGUUUAGUGAAAUUAACAAUAUACGGGACAGUCGAGUUCUUAGCCUUGAAGCAUCGCUGCACGAUAAAUUUACUACACUUCCUUUAAACCGCUUCCGAAAGCAAGCUGCCGAUUGUUUUUCUUCCUACGUUUUGUUACGUAGCUUUAAUUUGAUUGGGUGUUUAAAACGCAUCUCUCCGCGGUAGUGGUUAAAUGAUAACGUCAUUUUACUCGCGCGAGAUUAUAGAUUACUUUCUCGGCGCGUUCUGUUCAAAAAUUUGUUCCUGGAGGAUCAACGCGGGCUUUGUUAGAAACGGGAAAAAUGUUUGAUUUUGUCAUUCCACUGUCUGUGCCUGACUUGGCGAAAAGUGGAGGAAUCAAUCAAUAUGUGGUUCAAGAUGUUGCUUCUGUGCAGCAGCUCAAAAGUCAAGUCCACAGUUUUCGAGUUGCUUUGAAGAGUAAAGGUCCUAGAUGCAUUCUAGAUAGCUUUGAUACACCUUACAGUGUUCUUUGCCAUUUUCAGUCAGUAGACCCUGCUGUAAAGGAAGACACCUUGGAAUUACUGAUUCAAGCUGUUUCAAGCCUGUCUUCUGAUCUGCCAGCUCAGUUAGAUGAUCCCAAUAACACUGCUCAGCAUCGUAAAGAGUUGCUUAAUGUUGUCAAGAUGAGUUGCUAUCUCCUCAGUAAGCUAACUGAAGCAUUUGAAAAUGAGACAAGCCGAGCAGGCCUUAUUACAGCUCCUAGUAAGGGAAAUAAAAAGACCAAAUUUCGUAGUGUCUCGGGAUUUGACUGGGAUGCCGAGAGGGAGCAAGUUCUAAAAGUUCUUGUACAACUUCUUCAAAUAGAUAUCCGUCGUCUGUGGAAUUUGUCUUUGGUGGAGGAAGAAUUUAGCAGCCUUAUAACUUGUUGCUGUUAUAAAUUACUGGAAAAUCCAUUUCUCAACCAAGCAAAGAACAAAGGCACAAAAGAAACUAUCCUCCAUUUAUUGGGUGUGCUCAUUAAAAAAUACAACCACUUAGUAGGUGCUAGUGUGAAAGUAGUCCAGUUACUUCAGCAUUUUGAACAUCUGGCCCCUGUUUUUGCUCAGGCAGUUAGCUUGUGGGUGACGGAAUAUAGUGCAAAGAGUAUUGUUGGUGAAGUGAUGAGGGAGAUUGGUCUAAAGAGUCAUGAGGACCUGGCUCAUGAAGGUUCAGGCACACGAGCAUAUGCUACUUUCUUGACUGAACUGGCAUCUGCAGUGCCAGCUACUAUGAUUCCAGCAAUCAGUGUUCUCCUUGAAUAUCUGGAUGGAGAGAGCUACGUCAUGCGUAUGGCAGUAUUAGAAGUUAUGGGAGAAAUGGUUGCCCAAGUGCUUAAUGGAGAAAAAUUGGAAGAUUCUUCCCGAGAUACAAGGGAUCAACUCCUUGAAACACUGCAGGAGCACAUUCAUGAUAUCAACUCAUUUGUGAGAUCCAGAGUCCUACAGGUCUAUACCAAUAUCGUACAAAAAAAAGCUCUGCCUCUUGCCCGUUUUCGGGAUGUCUUGGAUCUUACCAUUGGACGUCUUGCUGAUAAGUCUGUGAAUGUGUGCAAGAAUGCUAUCCAGCUGCUUGCUGCAUUCAUGGCAAACAACCCUUUUACUUGGAAGCUGAGCAGUGCAGACCUGAGAGAGCCAUUGGAGAAGGAAAUUUGUAAGCUCAAAGAGAUGAAAGAUAAGGAGAAGGAAAAAACUCCAGUUGCAGUGAUUGAAGCCUGGGAGGUGUGGAAUGCAAUGGAGCCUGAGCUUAUUCAAACUGUAGAGGCUGUGCUUUCUGUGGAGGGAAGAGGUUAUAAUGAGGAUGCCAGUGAAGACCAUGUCCUUAUAAAUGAGACACCACAAGAGUCUGCUGAGAAAAUAUUGCAUCUUCUGCAAAACAACAAAUAUAGGCAGGCUAUUGUUCUUACUCUGGCAUGCUUAGAAACGUUUCCAGAAUCAGAGUAUUUUUCUUUGGAGAAGACAAAUGUAGAAGAUAAAAAUACUACACAGAAAAAUGUUUUAAAUAUAAUGGGACAUAUUUUUAAAGGUUCAGAUACCCCAAACUCUGGUCUUCAAGUGUCCUCUUUAUCUUCAGCACCAGUAAAGAAUCUCCCUGGUGACCAACAGUCCAUCUUAUCCACUGAGAGUAGCCCCAUAGAUAUUGACAAGCAACAAAUGCUUGUGCAGUAUUUAAGAGACACGCACAACUUUGCCAUCAAAAUGGAGAAAGCUAUUGCUGUGAUUAGUGAUAUGCUGUAUUGGAAAACUACAUCAGUUGUGUUAGAGGCUAUCAACUUCUUUGUGACAGUUUCUGAAUUUGGAGUAAGUCAUGCCUUGAUAGGAAUCCGGAGGAUGCUUCCGUUGGUUUGGUCAAAGGAUUCGGGUGUCAAAGAGGCCGUUAUUGAAGCUUAUCGAAGGUUGUAUCUGAACCCGUCUGGAGAUACGCAGAGGGCAAAAGCUCAGACGCUGAUCCAUAACUUGUCGUUGCUAAUGGUGGACGCUUCUCUUGGAACAGUCCAGUGCCUAGAAGAGAUUAUAAUUGAGUUUUUCCAAAAGGGGGAGUUCCAUUCAUCUGUUACUCAAUUGCUGUGGGAACGGUUUACUGGCAAGAUUCCAUCAUCAUCCUUAGAGCGCAGAGCAGCAGUGUUGCUGAUUGGGAUGGCAUCACGUGUUGAACAGGAGAUAGUUUACAGUAAUUUGGACACCCUAAUUGCAGUGGCCCUCAAAGAAAACGUUCAAGAAGAUUACCUGCUUGCCCGAGAUGUGUGUAUCACCAUUUCAAAGAUUGCAGAUGGUGGCAAGCAGAAGACCGGUAAGAGCACUAGACCCUUCCGGAUGUCUCAAGACCAUCCUUUGUUCUCCACUUUGUCAGACGCUAUUGUUAAAGGUGUCACUUCUCGUGAUUCCAACUGGACUUCAUUUUCUGAUCAUGCCAUUUCACUUAUUUACCUUCUGUCUGAGUCUCCUGAAAAACUUUGUGCAAAUAUUCUUCAUCGUUGUGCUGCCUGCAUAUUGGAGGAUAUUAACAAAGAAAAAGAUGCUGUGAGUCAAGAUAAACAGAAUGUCGAAGAAAAGGCUUUGUCUCCAUCUAUUUCGGUGUUAUCGUUUCUUCUUGCAAAUCUUUUUUGCCUCGUGGGGGCUGUGGCCUUCCAGCAGAUGGCACAUCUGGAAACCUCGGUGUGCACAGAACUGCAGCGACGUCGCAUGGAGAAGGAAGAGCAAACUGGUGCCACAUCUACCAAAAAAUCAAAGCAACCAAGUAGUGAAAGUAACAUUGAUGAAGAAAUGGGUUUGGUUGGUGCCACUGCUGAGGACACAGAGGCAGAGCUUGUCAGAAAAAUUUGUGAGAAUGAGCUGUUAAGUGAGGAUCAACUAUUGUCCAAAUUUACACCACUAAUUCUUAAAGUUUGCAAUAGUCCAGGACAAUACACUGACCAGUUGUCUACAGCAGCUUGUCUAGCAUUGUCAAAGUGCAUGAUGAUUAGUUCAGAGUUCUGUGAUUCACAUCUUCGACUGCUCUUCACUCUUUUGGAGAAGUCGCCUAUUCCCAGUGUUCGCUCUAACACAAUCAUUGCACUUGGAGAUUUGACUAUUCGAUUCCCCAAUCUUAUUGAGCCUUGGACUCCUCAUCUCUACGCCAGACUUCGAGAUGAGUCCUCCAGUGUAAGAAAAACUGCUGUCAUUGUCAUGACCCACUUAAUCCUGAAAGACUUGGUGAAGGUCAAAGGGCAGAUCAGUGAAAUGGCAGUGUUGUUAAAUGAUGGUGAUCCAGAAAUCACAUCACUUGCUUACAACUUCUUCAAUGAGCUGGCUAGCAAAGAUAAUGCAAUAUACAACCUUUUGCCAGACAUGAUAAGUCGUCUCUCAGACCCAGAAAAGGGGGUUGAGGAACAGUUGUUCAAGACUAUCAUGACUCAGUUAUUCUCAUACAUUACGAAGGAUAAACAAACAGAGAGUCUAGUGGAGAAGCUGUGCCAGAGAUUUCGAACAGCAAGAACUGAACGUCAGUGCAGAGAUCUUGCACAUUGCUUAACUUUGUUAUCGUAUACAGAGCGUGGUCUUAAGAAGAUGCUUGAAAAUUUUGAUUGUUAUGGAGACAAACUUGUGGAUGACCACAUCUACCAGUCUUUCUUGAAUGUUAUUGGACAAAUGCGUAAGGGAACUAAGCCAGAGUUUAAGGCACUGGUUGACGAAUUUGAGCAAAAACUGACAGCAUGUCACAAUAGAGGCAUGGAGAACAUUGAACCAAUUGAAUUAGAGCCUUCACAAAACAAGGAGGAGCAAGGAACAAAGAGAGGAAUUAAGCAGCGGCCAAUAUUAAAGAAUGUUGCUGACAAUAGCUUUGUUACUCCUAAACAUCGUGCCUCAAAAAAAGCAGCAGCUCGCAAAAAGAAAAUGGCAGUCACCUUCUCCAGUGAUGAAAACUCCACUGAAGAAUCAGAUGCAGACGCAGAAAUUGCUGAACAUGAAACUCCAAAGGUUACAACACCAAUUGGAAGAUCAUCCAGGCGGACACGAGCUAAAAAAUAGUUUUCUUCAGGAAACUAGGAGUUUUAUAAAAUGUUUAAAUGUUAUAUUAUUGUUUUUAUUUGUGUUUAGUACAUUUACCUUUUAAAUAUGUCAUGUUCAUCUUUUUUUUUUUUAUUACAUUGUGACUAUUUAAAGAUUUCAAGUGUUCCAUUGCUAUAAUAAAAUAUAUUCUUAUAUAAUAAUUACACAAGUUACAUUAGCUGUAGAAUUUCUAAUGUAUUUUUUGGCUCUAAUAGGUAUGCAACAGUUGUAAUAAUUUUGUCAUAUGGAUAAAUUUGGAAGGGCAUUAUUGUGAAUAGAACAACAACAAUAUAUUAGUAACGUAUUUGAGGACCACAAA